AUGAAUAACAACCUGAAGAAUGUGGUCUCUCAACUCGGAAGCGACAAGGUUAGAGAACGCCAAGAAGCGCUGGAGACGCUGAAGACGACGUUUGCUCGAGAUUCAGCCGUUCUUUCCGUAGACCCUGACGGGAAGGGCAGGGCCUGGCUGGCUAUAUUUCAAGCUCUUUUUACCCUGGUUGAUCAGGAAAAGAAGGAUGUUAUUGGGAAGGGCUCGCUGGAAUCAGCUGUGGGUCCAGGGGCGGCGGCGAGGCGCAGGCUCGGAGAAGCUGCCUCCACUGUGCGGUGGCUUGCUGAACGGAGCGUGCACAGGAUGAAUUCGAAGGUCAUUCAUUCUAUACUGGACAGACUCGUGCACAAAGUGGCGUAUCGCAGCACGGAUUUGCUUGCCCCUGUAGCGUUGGACUUCCUCAAAGCCAUUCGCUGUGUUGUGAGUUUCCAUCCGCAUCUGGAUCAUCUCAAGGCCGCUGUGUGGGUUGACAUCGUACGCUUGACGUUCAAUAUUGUUCUUGGCGACCCCUUGAAUAGCUUUCUGGAUGAAGACGACUCAGCUUCUGCUGAGGAGCCUGAUGACGCCGAUGGUCAUGACUCUGGUGACCCCGAUCAGGAUCAACGACAUCCUACUACUCUUCCGGGAUCGUCUAGGAAGCGUCUUCGACCCAUCCUCAAAGACAGGCAUAGCACCGCUACUCGUCGACAUGUCGGUCGCACCGUCAAAGCAGUGUCUCCGGAGCAGGUAGAAUCCAUGACGAUCCUCUCUAUCCUACUGCGCUCGAACGCGGCACCCUUCCUAUCCCAAGAGCACCCACGCCUCCCUGAAGCCAUCCUUUCUAGGUUCCGACGUUUCAUUGACAUGUACCCGUCUGAUUCUAGCCUAUACCACGACUGUUUGCACGCUCUAUCGGCCACCCUAGGUCAUAUAGCUUUGAACAAGACCCUUGCAGUCCAUAAAUUUGCUUCCGACGUUUGGGGCGGGCUGGUCGAACUGAUGGCAACCAAGAAUAAGAAGUUGAAGGAGAGUUUGCUAGCGAAUCUGAAACUGCUCUUUCCUUACCUCACCAUGUCAAUGGUCGAGGAUUCCGACGCUGCAACGUCGUGGGCUGAAGGAGUGGGAAAAUUAUGGCAAGCGCUAGAUAUGGAGAUUGGGAGCAGACGUGGUCUCGAACCUUUGCCAUUGGACGCCAUACGGCUGCAGUUGGCUCUUCCGACGGAUGAAGGCGCCGUGGAGGAACCAACUGGGGCUUUUGUCGCUCAUACUUUCCGCUACGGCAGGGAAUUUAGCGCAAGUCAUGCCCUGACAUGGGCUGUUUUAGAAUUGCAGGCGGACUGCCUGGCAAAGUUACUGGUCUUGUCCGAGUCGAUGCGAGGAUCACUUGCCACGAUGACCAGGAAUGACGGCAAACGAGCGAGGCUGCAGAAUCCUAUAGCAACCCUCCUCGUCUCCAUACAGAAUGAGCCACAGACUAGCAUCCGGACGUAUAGGCUGCAGCUACUUCUAUUUUUCAUCGACCGGCAUUGGAUGAUCUUGCAUGCUGAUCACCGGGGAGCUGUACUGGACCUUUUGAAUCAGUACAUAUCCAUCGACGAUGCUGUCGCGCAGUCUUGGGUGUUCCUUACUCUCGCUGCCAUAGCUUAUGCUGUUGGCCGUCAAGACGGUUCGAAUACUGCUAAGCGUUUUGAUCAAGGCAGCUGGGAUGCUAUCUGGACGCAUCUUGUCCGACGUGCGAACGUGGCCCUAAUAUGUCGCGCUGCUUGCCAUGCGGGAUAUACGCUGCUUCAGGCAGCCAGGCACUUGGUGUCUCCUCAAUGCGUAUUAUCCGAGAUAGAGUUGCUGGCCAGGGAUUUGGACGUGCAAGGCCCGACAUAUCCGAGCGACUCCGUGUGUGCAUUCCUAGGGACCUGCCUCAAGAUAGCAAGUCAGGACAUGAGACUGUUCCGAAUGCAGCUGGAGGAGAAGGUCCUCAGUUGGUUGAUCGAAGUGUGGCGAGUUGGCGAAGGAUCCGUUAGAGCCGUGUCCUCCGCGCCAUCUCACACGGUGGACGAUGUUCUAAGCCUACUUCAGACUAUCCGCGGCGUUGGCAGGCGGGCUCAUGUCAUAUGUCGCAUCUUGCUCCCAGAUUGUCUAAUAACCCAUACGGUAAUCGAAGAACAGAAGUGCUCCGUCAUACGCGACUAUCUUCUGGAUGCCCACCUUCCUCGUUAUUCUGAAACCACUACUUCGAAAGCCGACCAUGCGUCUGAUGGGUCUUCCGGUACGAUGCAGGGUGAUGCAGACCUCAGCGAACCUCGAGCCCGAGACCGGAGGAUCUCCACCUUUCUGCUCAAGUUGCUUGAAGACGUCUCCGUUCGAUGGGGCGCUCUUCAAGACAUGAAAAUGACGGCCGAGAGGGCCAGGCGAGAUCUGGAUUUGGCUGCGGUCGCUCUCAUUUUUGAACACUGCCUCGUAUUAAACGGAGUCCGAAGUAACAGACGAGUUAUUCAAGCUGCUUGCAGAGUCGUCUCACAGCUCAAACCAUUACUUACGGACAGUAAACUGACAGACGCGGAAAGACUGUCGCUCGUUCUUGGUCUAGAACCUUUGGCUUUGGCUCAGCUACAAACGGAAGAAGACGACAUAUGGGAGACGAUGUUGCCUGCCGGUGAAGGCACUGGAAUCAAGAGAGAAAUACUCAGGAGAGUUCUACGAGGGUCAGACAAUAGUGCAAGAGAUGUCGCAUCUCGUAGAUGCCUGCAGCGUCUUGUUUGGCAAAGCAGUGAUGUACAAGAUGCAUUUGCCGGGAUGCUCGAAAACAUGAGAAUCGUCACCAGGGCUGCUCUGGGAUGUCAUACUUCUUCUGCGACAUUCGCCGCAUCCCGAAUGCUGGAAGACGAAGACGAUUUUGCAGAAACAUAUGCCCGUAGCCGGAUGACUCGCGCUACAGAAAUCCAGCCGUCUGACGAUACGUCCAUGGAACGCCUCGACCUCAUCAGGUCUUGUACACUUUUUCUCUCUGUCGCACCAAUCUUGCAAUCCUCUUGCGGCGAGCCGACUCGAGACAAGGAGCUAUCAGAGAUUUUCCUGCAAUCCGGCGACACGAAGUUCCUUGCAUACGCUGGCCCGUAUUUCCAUAGUAUUCGAAUGCGGACUCUGACUAUCAGUGUCUCCAUACUCGAGAAGUUUCUGGAUAAGGUCGAAGCUUUACUAAUUCCAUAUCUAUACUCUCAUAGCGAGAGAUUGCAAGUGCUGGUCAUUCAAUUCCUUGGCUCAACAUCGCAUAUCUGGUUGGACCAGAAUGACGGCGACCUUUCCCCGGAGAGUGUGGGUGGGCGGGUGCUUACACUUUGUCGAUGGCUCCAGGAGACUUUACAGACUGGCAGGAUAUCGUCGUGGAAAACCCGAGAUCACAUUGCCAGAUUUUUGGACGGAUACCUCUCUCAAGAUCCAACUCAGCGGUUUUGGAGACUGAGGUUAGACGACGAGGAGGAUGUAGAGGAACCAGAUUCCUUUCCGACUGCCAUUCUUCCUACAUUGUGUGCAGACAAGGACGUGCGAGUACGCUUUAGAGCAGCCGUUCUGAACGCUCGAUUGUUUCGUCUGGCUUAUGCGAACAAGCUCGAUCCCCUGCCCUUGUAUACGAGCGUCACGAAGUCGCUAUGCACCGAUCUCGGAAACUUGGAGCACAUGCUAACCCGCCUGCUGUGUCUCGGCAACAUAAUGGUGGUUAGCUCAGCUGUCAGGCGCGGCUCUUACUGGCAUCUUUUGGAGACCUGCUUGUACACAGUGGCGUACAACGCUCAUGUUAAGGCAGUGUUACUCUGUGUUUCGGAAAGGAUGGGUCUACCCAGCCUCUCCCAGCUAUUCGAAGCCUACGCGUCUCAAAUUGCUUAUUCUAUACGACAAGGGGAACUUGACUUCCUCCGACUUCCUCCGCACCUGCUAGGUUACACUGAUCGGCGUGCGUGUGCUGAAGCCACAUUCCUGCAAUUUUCGCCCACGAAUCUUCUAGCUGGAGGUUCGCCAUCUACUGUAGCACAUGGGAAGAAACUAUUCGCGAAUCAUUGCAAGGCAAUUCAGAAAACAGUCGCGCAGGGUAUCUGGGAGUGCUUUCCGGACAUCAUUGGGCAUCAGCUUGUCUUUUGGGUCGAAGAUCACAUGUCCGACCCGGAGGCCAAGGUGGAGGAUCUCCGCCAGGUUCUCCUUGAAAAAGUCUCAGAUAUGCAGGAGGCUCAUAACUUUGACAAGUAUAUCUUACAGAGAGCCGAUUGCAUUAUCGCUGCUAUGCUUCGAACUGUGAACGACCCAGACUUCUCUCAGGAUGGAUCAAUCGUGAAUGCCCUCAGAGCAAUCGGCGAUGAAGCAGUUCAAACUUUUCAGGACCUUUCCCACUACCGCUCCCGCGAUGCUUUCCCCGCCCACGAGCCGAAUCUUCCGAGUUUCAGUGCCACAACUAUCCUGCAUUCACUGAAAUGGCUGCUGCGUUUAGCACCUCAAGUUCGUGUCGAGUCGGUCUCAUAUCAUUUGAUGCACCAGCUAUUCUCAGAUAUCCAGCGCUCUCCCCUCUUGAACGAACAAAAGCGUCUCAUCAAUGGAAUUCUGAUCUGGGUAGCAGCACAAGCGUCCUUGUUUCGAGACAUGACUCUACUCAGGACGUUCAUCAAUGGCAGCACUAUCCUGCUCUGUCAGAGUGAUCUAGCAAGGGCGGCUCAGUCUAUGCUUGAAUGGGCUUUUGGAGUCUACAUCAAAGCUUCGGAUCGCGACCCGCGCUUCCCAAACGUUGUUGUUCGCAUUUCAUGCAUAGCCCAUGAUUAUAUGAUGGACUCCCAAGAUAGAACAGUUUCUCAACUGGGCUCCGACUUGUUGCAAUGGAUCGAAGCACAGACCGUGAUACUCUCUGAUAUUGACUCGAUCCGUCCUCAGGUCCUGAAGGCGCUACCUGCAUGGCCUCGCGAGCCCUCAGCACCGCUAGGAGCCAUCUACGACACGACUACGGGGGAUAAUAUAUCCUCCGUCUUAGCGGACCACCGCAUGUUGGGCAACAAAUUCCGAUUAGUCAGACGUCUCCGCGAUUCUCUCAGUAGCGCGGACAGUAGGCGGUUUGCCAUCUCUGAUUUCUGGCGUCUGAAGGAAUGCAUCCCUUCUCCAGAGUCCAUACAGGACAAGGAUGCUGAAGCUUUUGCGGAGCUGCUUUUCCUGGCUCAAGGGCGUAUUGAGAGUUUCGCGAACGAUCAGCCAGCUCCAGAGACUCUGAGGACGAGACAUCAACGUUAUGGUCGCAAGAAAGAUGCGGAUGCGGGCUCCCUAGGGACGGCUUUGACAUAUCGACCAAUCAUCCUGGCUCUGCUUUCCCUCCUUGAUAGUCCUUCUCCAUCUCGCGCGAGCGGCGCUUACCGCACCCUCCGCCUACUUAUCAGUGUCUGUACGCCAGCCACUUUAGAACCUCGGAGCUGGUCCACUGAUAUCCGCGGAGAGCUACGAUUCCUUCAAGCACAUCCUGUCACUCCACGCAUCGCUGCUUCCUGUCAAAUCCAAGAUCUGAUGGCAGAAGCAAUCGUUCACUCAUCAAAGGAUUUUCCGGUUUGGAUCACUACUGUCACCAAGUUAUUCUGCGAUGUGCUUGCAGCUCAGGACCGCUUCUUCGCUCAGUUAUGUUCUGUCGUCGUGGACGAUGUAGAGUUCGCAGAACAAGUGCUUCCCGUCCUCAUCCACACUGUUCUGGAGGUUUCACGACGCAAACAAGAGGAUAGCAACACUCGCACCAUCGUCUCCGAGUAUCUUAUGGCAGUUUUAUCGCUAGAAGGCGUCCACACGUCGUCUUUGAGGGCUGUAGUGGAUGUUAUCCUCCAUCUUCGGCACUUCUCUCCAGACAGUAGUGAUGCUUUGGCAUACGACAAAUGGCUUGAACUCGACUAUACAUUGCUCAGUCAAUCAUGCUUGAAGUUCGGGGCUUAUACGACAGCUUUGCUCUUCCUCGAACUAGCCAUUGAAUAUACGCCCACGGAAGCAACCGCAGUCGACGAGCAAGUUCUCUACGAAAUCUACAGCCGCAUCGACGAGCCCGACGGCUUCUACGGCAUCAAGACCAGAGACCUCCAUCAAUUUCUUCUGAAGCGGUUCCACCACGAGCAUCAGUGGGAUAAAGCUUUCAAAUUCCAUGGCGCCAGCAUCGAGGCUGGGGCUGCCAGCCCUUCCGACGCAGAGGGUAUUAUUCAGUCUCUACAUUCAUUUGGCUUCCACCAUAUGGCUAUUGGAAUGCCGGAUGUGUCUGUGGCCGGCGCAAUUCACACCCCCUCCUCACGUUUCAACUAUGACCUCGGUUGGAGGACAGAAACUUGGGAUCUUCCGGAGCAAACGGAAGUUCUUAACAACGGCGCUCCGCUCUAUAAGGCCCUACGGGCGGUGCAUCGGGAGCGUGACCAACAGGUUGUCAACUCGACGCUUCACUCUGGGUUGCGGGCAGAACUGGAGAGACUCCGUGGUCUCGGUGACGAGAACUUGGUGGAAAUACGUGAAGUUGCCAGGAAUUUGAUGUGCCUGUCAGAGGUUUGCAGAUGGAGGACAAACGAACUCCAGGAGAAUCUGCGACGGAAAAACAUUGAUUUGGACAAGUGGUCAAUAUUCCAUGGUAUUCAUGCUGGUUUCGAUUUCACUGAUCUAGAGAGUAUAAUGGCCACUCGCGUUUCGCUUCUUCGAUCUGCAGCCCAAAGAGAACAACGAGAAUUGAUAGGAAAUUUGGUGACGCCAUUCUUCAAGAGCAUUAUCGACAUCGAAAAGAAGUGUCUAGUUAGACUCUCAGCCGCUGCCAGAGACUCCCGACAGCUGCAAGUCGCUCUUAACUCCGUAAUUCGCGCUCAGAGAUUGGAAGGAGACCCUAGUUUGGAAGUGUCGGAAGAAUUUGCCCAUGUUCUCUGGCUGCAGAACGAACAAAAGCUGGCAGUGCAAUUACUGCAAGAAAUACUUGGUUCUUCCGUGUCCCAUUCUGACCAGGAAACGCUUACUGCCGAUAGCAGAGCUGUGUUGCUAGCCCGACUGGGAACAUGGACAUCCGAGGCGUGUUUACAAAAGCCAACCGACAUCCUAUCCCAUUACUUCGACCCCGCCGUGGCCUACAUCGCUCCGGUCGGCGGUUCGCAGUCACGUCACAGCUCUCAAGCUAUCGUCUAUCAGCAAUGCGCGAUGUUUGCUGAGCGACAAUACAGUGCCAUAUCAAAGUCUGAUGAUGCUCUCAGGUGGAAGGUAUACAUGGACCGCAAGAUACAGGAGAUAAAGCAAAGAAAACGCGAGAUGGAGAAGUUCCCGGCGGGUACAAGCCAGUAUAAUGCACUAGCGCGUGACCAAGAAAAAGCGGAAAAACUUCUUCGGCUAGACGAAGAUCGCUGGAAACAUCAUCAAAGUGCGCUCGAGGCGUUCAUCCAACAGGCGGUGGACAUGCAUUCUUGUUAUCUUGAAGCGUCGGACGACUUCGAUGAUGACGGAAGCAUCCGCCUGUGUUCCCUCUGGUUUGCGAACUUUGAUAAUGCGACAUUGCAGCCGAGGGUCCGUUCUGCUCUGGAUCGUGUCGCAUCUCGCAAAUUUGUUUUCCUGGCUCAUCAGCUGUCCGCAAGGCUUUCAAAGAACCACGCCGAGGGGACUGGUCAGAGCACCCUGCGGGCUCUGCUCAUCCGUAUGUGUAAAGAACAUCCUUUCCAUAGUCUAUAUCAAGUCUACUGUCUGCGAGCCGAACAAGCGCCUUCACAGUCCCAAUCCUCGUCAGCCAACAGACGACACUCGGCGCGCCAUGAAUCUCCAUCCUCGCAGAUCGACCGUGCCAGUGCUGCAACAGACAUAUUCGACCGUCUUCGUGAAGACCCUUCAACUGGACACCGAAUCGAGCGCAUAGAAUCUCUGUGCAAUGCCUCCCUCCAGUGGGCUAAAUAUCCUAUCAAGAAGAAUAGCAAGUAUGACAAGAGUCAGAAAGGGCCCUUCCAGGUACCGGAUGAUUUACUUAUCCGGAAAAUCCAAGACUACGAUGUCCCAGUGAUGACGGCGGAAACACCUAUUGAUCCCACGAUGCAGUACUCCGAUUGCAUAUGGAUCAACAAGUAUGAGAGUACCUUCGAAACCGCCGGUGGCGUUAAUCUCCCUAAAAUCAUCAACUGCAUCGGAAGCGACGGCGAAAGAUACAAACAAUUGUUCAAGGGCGAAGGUGGGGAUGACCUGCGUCAGGAUGCGGUCAUGGAACAAGUCUUUGACCUCGUGAACAUCGUGUUACGCCGGGACGUCGAGACGCGGAAACGCGACCUUAACGUUCGUGGCUACAAAGUAAUACCUCUAGCUUCUCAAGCAGGAGUUAUUCAGUUCGUGAAGAAUACUACGCCUCUGCAGUCUUGGCUGUUCGCUGCUCAUAUAAGAUACCGACCGGAAGACAUGUCGCACAAGGAGGUUCACAGUCAGCUAGUGAAGAAACGCAAGGAGUGCGGUGGCCAGGCUGAGCCACUUGUGGACCUUUUCCUGGACAUUCGCAAGAGAUUCAGGCCUGUCAUGAGGCACUAUUUCACGGAGAAACACAAGAACCCUAUGUCGUGGUUUAGCAAACGUCUGAACUAUACCAGGAGCAUCGCCACCACUUCCAUAGUGGGGCAUAUUUUGGGUUUAGGUGACAGACACACCUCCAAUAUUCUGCUGGACAACAGUACUGGCCAGGUUGUGCAUAUCGAUUUGGGUAUCGCGUUCGACCAGGGGAAGCUUCUACCCGUGCCAGAGCGCGUCCCAUUCCGCAUGACUGCUGACAUGGUCGACGGCAUGGGCAUGUCUGGCACCCAAGGCGUAUUUCAGAGAUGUGCCGAAGAGACCUUGCGAGUCUUGCGCGACGGUUCAGAGGUGAUCAUGACGGUCCUGGAGGUGUUCAAAUAUGACCCCCUGCAUUCAUGGACUGCGAGUGAACUCAAAAUCAAACGGAUUCAGGGAGAGUCUGCACCGACGUUCCCCGACGGAACUCGGAUGGCGAUCGGAAUCGACAUGACAAGUGGUUCCGCCGACGAGGCAGCUGACCGCGCUCUAACGUCCGUGGCUAAGAAACUCGACAAAUCACUCAGCGUAGAAUACACAGUCAACGACCUCAUUGCCCAAGCCACUGAUCCUGUCAAUCUUGCUACUAUCUUCCCCGGCUGGGGACCCCAUUACUGAUCCAGAUACCCUUGCAACUCCAUUCAUCUCUUCAUUGUAUUUCGGAGAAUAUGCGUAUAUCUGUAGAAGCCUUCACAUUGGAACAAACAUGUAUCAAUAUCGCUGUCAACGACGCUCACGGUGUAUGACUAAAUGUGUAUUAACUUAUUAUGAUCCUCAAUAGAC